AUGGCUUUUCUAAAAGGUUGGGAACAUCCCGUGGUGCAUGACAAAGAUGGAAAGAACACAAGUAAUUUGAAUUCUGAAGAGGACUGGUCAAAGGAAGAAGAUGAACUUGCUCUUGGAAAUAGAGUUGAUAAAAAUAUAUUUAGGUUAAUAAAUACUUAUAUUAUGGUCAAAGAUGCAUGGGAAAUCCUCAGAACCACUCAUGAAGGCACAUCAAAAGUAAAAAUAUCAAGACUUCAACUUUUCAACACCAAAUUUGAAAAUCUCAGGAUGAAAGAUGAUGAGUGUAUUCAUGAUUUUCAUAUGAAUAUUCUUGAUAUUGCCAAUUCAUCUAGUGCCUUGGGAGAGAAGAUGUCAGAAGAGAAGUUGGUUAGAAAAAUUCUCAGAUCAUUGCCUAAGAAGUUUGACAUGAAGAUCAUAACUAUUAAAGAAGCCCAAGAAAUUUGUAACGUUAGAGUGGAUGAGCUUAUUGGGUCACUUCAAACUUUUGAAUUGGCAAUCAAUGAUAGAUUUGGAAAGAAGAACAAAAGCAUAACUUUUAUCUCCAAUAUUGAGGAUGAAGAGGAUCAAUGUGACUUGGAUACUAAUGAAGGAAUUUCUAAUGCCACCGUGCUUCCUGGGAGGCAAUUCAAUAAGGUGUUGAAGAAAAUGGAUAGGAAGUCAAGACCUGAAAUGUCAAGAACGUGUCAUUUGACAUCAGUAAGAACAAUGAUUAUCAAAGAAAAGCAAGAACAGAAGAAAAGCCCAAUCAAGGAAAAGGUGAAACCGAUGAUGAAAUUGCUAAGCAUGUUACAACUUUCACUGGCAUAUAUGAAUAUGAUGAAGAUUAUUGUGAUGAGGAUGUCUCUUAUGAAUAAUUGGUUGCUUCCUGCAAAGAGCUUUGUGUCAGAAGUGAAGAGAAUGUAUGGUUAUCCAAAACAUCCAACAUAUACUAGAGCUAAUCAUGUAAUGAUUAAAACUAGAAAGGAGUGGAAACGUAAGGUUGUUGUCUCUAUUUUCAUAACCCAUACUUAUCUUAGAGCUUUAUCUAGACAAGACCAGUACUUUGAUAGUGGUUAUUCAAGACACAUGAUAGGGGUCAAGAGGUAUUUGGCGGACAUUAAUUCUUAUUCCUUUUGUUUUAUCACGUUUGGUGGUGGAGCUAAAGGUGAAAUCAAGGGUAUAGGAAAGAUAGGUUGCACUGGUCUUUCUAGACUAAAUGAUGUUCUGCUUAUGAAAGGACCAACUGCAAAUCCAUCAGCAUUAGUCAGUUAUAUGAUCAAGGUUUAA